AUGUGGAACGGAGAAGAUGCAGAGAAAGACUUCUGUGUGGAUCAAGAAAGGGAAUCUCAUCCAUGUAAGAAAUUAUCCCAUUCCAUUGAAGAGAUCCUGAGGAGGCCCACAUGUGUCAGAAUAGAGAGGAGAGUUCAUCAAACUCCAGAAAUUAGACUGCAUGAAGAGUCUCCAAAGACCACGACAGACCGCAUGAGUCAGAGGAAAAAAAGGCAAACAAGGGUCACUUUCACACCAUUCCAGGUGCAGGAGUUAGAGAAAGUGUUCCAGCAGACACAUUACCCAGACGUCAACACCAGAGAACAGCUAGCCUCUCGCCUGCACCUCACUGAGGGUCGCAUACAGAUUUGGUUCCAGAACCGCAGAGCCAAAUGGAGGAAGGCAGAAACACUAAAGGACCUUGAGCGGAUGACAAGACAGCACGUACAGUCAGCCAGUCAUGAGCUGCGUUAUUAUGAGAAGCCCCAGCUGCAGGCAGUGUGCUGGCUGCCAUGCUGCUUACCUAAACCUCUUCAAUCGAGGCUGUUCCUCAGAACAACAUUAACGCCAGCCGUGCUGACCAACACACAUUCCCCAGAUUACAGGACUCUCUAUUUUGAUCCCCUUGGAGAGAUAGCACCUUCAGUACUCUUACAAUGAUGACACUACUCUGUUUCUGUAAUUACAUGUGGGACAAACAUCAUAAUGAGUUUCAUAAUGAUACACAAAUCUGUAAAGUACGAUAACUUGAUGAUUUAGCUUCAGUUGUGGAAAUGUGUUGUAUAUACUGUUCUGUCCACCUGAAAUAAAGUUUUUAU